AUGCCACAAGGGGAUAAGAGAAAAUUAUUUGCCCAACAUCAAGAAGAUGGAAGAAAGGAUAUUGAACGAGCAUUUGGAGUUCUCCAAUCCCAAUUUGUGAUCAUACGUAACCCAACUCGAUCUUGGCACUUGGAUGUACUGAAGCGCAUAAUAGAUACGUGCAUCAUACCGCACAACAUGAUUAUUGAAGAUGAACGUGCCACAUAUGGUGACAAUUUUAAUUAUUCUUAUGAGCAUUUAGACAGUGACCCGAUUGUACCACUAGAUGAUUCUAAUAAUGAUUUUCAAGAGUUUCUACGCAGAAGACAUCAUAAUAAUCAUAACUAA